AUGAGUCCAGUCCUCCCCUGGCUCUGCCCAGCGCCCGAUUGGCUCGGCAGCCCGGGGGGGACCGAUAAGGGCGGCUAUAAAACGCUCGCAGCUCGCGGUCCCCCAGCGAGCCGCAGCCAGAGGGGCCACCCGGAUCCUCCGCACAUCCCUGCGCUCAUCCCCGGCCUCGCCAGGAUCCUCCCUCCUUCCUUCCCUCCCUCGCAUCCAGCUCCACAUCUUCGCUCAAGCCCGAGUGCAAGAGGAGAGGCGCACACAUCCAAAAAAAAAAAAAAAAAAAAAUCAACCACUCAAAAAAAGAAAAAGCCACACUUAGCGGAAACUUGUCAAAGAAUGCUCCUAAAGUCUGGUUUUCUGCUGCUGCUGCUGAUCAGUGCAUCCGCAUCCCACGAAGCCGAGCAGAAUGACUCUGUGAGCCCCAGGAAGGCGCGGGUGGCGGCGCAGAACUCAGCCGAGGUGGUUCGGUGCCUGAACAGUGCCCUCCAGGUGGGCUGCGGAGCCUUCGCCUGCCUGGAGAACUCCACGUGCGACACGGACGGGAUGUACGACAUCUGCAAAUCCUUCCUCUACAGCGCUGCUAAAUUCGACACUCAGGGAAAAGCGUUCGUGAAGGAGAGCCUCAAGUGCAUCGCCAACGGGGUGACCUCCAAGGUGUUCCUGGCCAUCCGCCGGUGCUCCACGUUCCAGAGGAUGAUCUCGGAGGUGCAGGAGGAGUGCUACAGCAAGCUGGACCUGUGCGGCAUCGCCCGCCGCAACCCCGAGGCCAUCACCGAGGUGGUGCAGCUCCCAGACCACUUCUCCAACCGGUAUUACAACAAGCUGGUUCGGAGCCUGCUGGAGUGCGACGAGGACACGGUGAGCACCAUCAAGGAGAGCCUGAUGGAGAAGCUGGGCCCCAACAUGGCCAGCCUGUUCCACCUGCUGCAGAGCGACCACUGCGCCCAGGGCCACCCCCGCGCCGAGCUGCUGCGCAGGAGGCUCUCGGAGCCCCAGAAGCUGAAGCUGCUGCUCAGGAACCUGCGAGGUGAGGGCUCCACAGCCGCCCACGCCAAGCGCGGCUCCGCCGAGCGCGCCUGACCGGGCCGGGCAGGCCGAGCACGACCAAAGCUGAG